AUGUCUAAUUCGUUCAAUGCGACAAACGAUAUUAUCUUAGCAUCUGCUCUCACAUCUUUGUUAGGUACACCGGUUAUAACUCAACUCGAUAAGAACUUGAAUGAAAAUAUGAAUUAUCAAACUAUAAACCCAUUCUCUCUUCAUAAUUCUCAGUUGGUUGGAAGUUUACCCAAUGAUGAUGACCUUCUCUCAUGUAAUUUCUCACCUGAGACCGGAAAUUUUAAUCAAGGAUUCAUUCCCGCUUCUCAAUCUAAUAUACGUUCUUCUUUGCGAUCUCCUCGUACUUAUACGUUAAGAUAUGCCCCGUACGUUCCUCCUGUUACAAGAACGAACAAUUUGCAACAAAUUCCACUACAAAAUCCUCAACGAUCACAAAAUCCUCAAGUACAACAAAUUCGAAUGAAAAUUCCUCAAAUUCAACAAAUUCAGACGCAAAUUCCUAUUCAGCCACAAAUUCCUCAAGUACAACAAAUUCGAAUGAAAAUUCCUCGAAUUCAACAAAUUCAAACUCAAAUUCCUCAAGAUCAUCAAAUUCCUCAGAUGCCAAUUCCUCAAAUUCAACAAAUUCAACAAAUACAAACGCAAGAUCAACUAAAUCCUCAACGAAUUCAGAUGCCAAUUCCUCAAAUUCAACAAAUUCAACAAAUACAAACGCAAGAUCAACAAAAUCCUCAACAAUUUCAACAAAUUCAGAUGCCAAUUCCUCAAAAUCCUCAAAUUCAACAAAUUUAUCCACAAAUUCCUCAAGUACAACAAAUUCGAAUGCAAAUUCCUCGAAUUCCUCAAAAUUCUCAACAAAUCCAAUCACAAAUUCCUAAAUUGCAACCAAAUCCCCAUCAAAUUCAACAAAUUCAGUCGCAAAUUUCUCAGAUUCCUCAAAUUCAACAAAUUUCUCAAGGGGUUCAAUAUCAAUUUCCUCAACCAUCACCUGUUAUAAAUAUUAAUGUCAAUACAUUAUCCGGACAAAUUUUCACAAUUGCCGACGUACCAAUCAUGUCAUCAAUUUCAGAGAUAAAAAUUUGUAUUGAAAACAAAACCAGGAUCCCAAGGAAUCAACAAAAAUUAACAUAUUUAGGAGUUCGCUUGGAGAAUGAUAAUUUAACAUUACGAGAUUAUCAAAUAUUAGAUAAUAAUGCAAACAUAUAUCUGAUCGGGGAUAAUGGGAAAGUAAUUAAUUUUAUAGAUUCCAAUUUUCUUGAUCCCAAGUUUGAUUAUGAUUUUACAAACAUAAAGGAUGACAAACUAUUUAUGAGAGGGUCGCAUGUAUAUCGAAGACCAUGCGGAUGGAAACGAAUAGCGAUUAGAGUAUUAAAUAAGUAUGGGCCCGAUAAUAGUUGGUUAGGUCAAGUCAAAAACGAUUCAUGGCGUUACGAAUCCGAUUCAUCGGAAUGGCCAGUAUCUUAUCAUGGUACCAAUAGAUUUAAUGCCAAAUCAAUCGCCGAAACCGGGUUUGAUAUUACAAAAGGAAGACGGUUUCGAUUUGGUUAUGGGAUUUAUUCCACACCAGAUAUCAACGUUGCUUAUUUGUUUGCUAGUAGAUUUGUUCAUAAUAAUGAAAUUUAUUGUCUGGUUUUUCAAAAUAGGGUGAAUCCGAUGACUUUAAAAAAGACCAUUACCUCAUAUGGCGAAUAUUGGAUAAGUCCAAAGAGUGAUGAUAUUAGACCUUAUGGUAUUUGUAUAAAAAAACUUGAAACUAUUCGUAAUUGA